AUGGCCUUGGAGUCUGAGCGUCAGGAGUUGGGUGACUUGGCUGUGAAGGCGGAGUCGGCACCUCCGGACCCUGGGCAAGUCGAUGCUCCGGCAUUGGCGUCGCUGGCCGAAGAGAUCGAGGUUCGGCUGGGUGCACUGCGAGAGGAUGCAACCGUUCUCCUCGACGGGAUAAUGUCCGAGGAUGCGAACUCAGAGGCUGCCCCGGAUUUGGCAUCUUUGGCAACCACCAGAGAUCUUCGCAGCGAGUCCUCAGUGGACUCUGCAGAAGAGGCGAUCGAAGUCGCAACAACGCUCGGAGUCGACACAGGCGCAGCCGAAGAGCGGUUGGCCAGUGUGCGGCGAAUGCUAAGCGUUCGUGUCGUGUGGGACACGGCCGUCCGCUUCUUCCUCUUGCCCCUGCGUGUGAGCUUCAAGGCUCUCGUCCAGCAGGUAGCUGUCCGCUUUCGGCUGCCAAAGAAAGCGCCACCGCUGCAGCUCUGCUGGCGAGAGGCCGAGGAGUGCUACCCUCUCGAUGGCGAAGCAGCCUGGGAGGAGUGCCUCGCACGGCGGGGCCUCGCGGAGCGUCCAGGGCGCCUUGAACUCCAGGUGCUCAACCGGUCCAAGCCACCGCAGAGGCGACGGAAGGCCGAAGGUCCUUCGAAGGGAGCCGGAGUCGACGGAGUGGGAGUCGCCGGUCGGCCAAGUCCGCUGGAUGUCUCCAGGACUGGGCCAACUGAUGCCAUGUUCCUGAUCACCGGCACGCAGGCCUUACCGGGCCCAACUCCAACUAUGUCUGCCGAUUUUUGUAUCUCGCCGGAUCUGAGAUAUUCACCGUCGAAUGAUGCACCUCGAGGUCGUACAUACCUGACCCGCCGAAAGAAACCCAGCGGACGGGCUUGGGCGAUGUCGACUGGGAGGGAGCAGCCCGUUUCCUGGCUUGUGGUGGGCCUAAGACAUGCAAGCCACAGCUAUAACCUUCAGAGUGGGCCGGAGAGAUGCAGACCUGGAUAA